CCCUCACAAUGCGGAAAGACAGACUUCUUCAUUUAUGUCUCGUGCUACUUCUUAUCCUGCUUUCUGCCAGUGACUCAAACUCUGCAGAACCAGCAGUGAUCAGGAGAUCAGAAGCAUCCAGAUACCGGAAAAAGAUUAAGACAUAAGAGACUAGCUGAACGACUAUCGGCAGUAUAUGGUGCUGGUCCCCUCCCUGCUCCACACUGAGGCCCCUAAGAAGGGCUGUGUCCUUCUGAGCCACCUGAAUGAGACAGUGACUGUAAGUGCUUCCUUGGAGUCUGGCAGGGAAAACAGGAGCCUCUUCACUGACCUGGUGGCGGAGAAGGACUUAUUCCACUGUGUCUCCUUCACUCUCCCAAGGAUCUCAGCCUCUUCAGAGGUGGCAUUCCUUAGCAUCCGGAUAAAGGGGCCUACGCAAGAUUUCAGGAAGAGGAACACAGUUCUGGUACUGAACACCCAAAGUCUGGUCUUUGUCCAGACAGACAAACCCAUGUAUAAACCAGGACAGACAGUAAGAUUCCGUGUUGUCUCCGUGGAUGAAAAUUUUCGCCCUCGAAAUGAACUGAUUCCACUGAUAUACCUUGAGAACCCAAGAAGAAAUCGAAUUGCACAAUGGCAGAGUCUCAAGCUAGAAGCUGGCCUCAAUCAGUUGUCCUUUCCCCUCUCAUCAGAGCCCAUUCAGGGCUCCUACAGGGUGGUGGUACAGACAGAAUCAGGUGGAAGGAUACAGCACCCCUUCACCGUGGAGGAAUUUGUGCUUCCCAAGUUUGAGGUCAAAGUUCAGGUGCCAAAGAUAAUCAGUAUCAUGGAUGAAAAAGUGAACAUAACAGUCUGUGGAGAAUACACCUAUGGGAAGCCUGUCCCAGGACUUGCAACUGUGAGCCUGUGUAGAAAAUUAUUUCGUGUUCUUAAUUGUGACAAGCAGGAGGUCUGUGAGGAAUUCAGUCAACAGCUUAACAGCAAUGGCUGCAUCACCCAACAAGUACACACCAAAAUGCUCCAGAUUACAAAUACGGCCUUUGAAAUGAAGCUUAGAGUGGAAGCCAGGAUCAGAGAAGAGGGGACAGACCUGGAAGUCACUGCAAACAGGAUCAGUGAAAUCACAAACAUUGUAUCCAAACUCAAAUUCGUGAAAGUGGAUUCACACUUUAGACAAGGAAUCCCCUUUUUUGCACAGGUGCUUCUGGUGGAUGGAAAAGGUGUGCCCAUCCCCAAUAAACUCAUCUUCAUCUCUGUGAAUGACGCCAAUUAUUACUCCAAUGCAACCACCAAUGAGCAGGGUGUUGCACAGUUUUCAAUCAAUACUACCAAUAUCUCGGUUAAUAAACUUUCUGUCCGGGUUUUCACUGAGCAUCCCAACUUGUGUUUUCACUAUUCAUGGGUAGCAGAAGACCACCAGGGUGCUCAGCACACUGCAAAUCGUGUUUUCUCCUUAAGUGGAAGUUACAUUCACCUGGAGCCUGUGGCUGGUACCCUGCCCUGUGGCCACACGGAGACUAUCACGGCACACUAUACACUGAAUAGACAGGCCAUGGGAGAGUUAUCGGAGCUCAGUUUCCAUUACCUGAUCAUGGCUAAGGGAGUCAUCGUCAGAUCUGGAACCCACACUCUGCCUGUGGAGUCAGGAGACAUGAAAGGCAGUUUUGCCUUAUCCUUCCCUGUGGAGUCAGACGUUGCCCCCAUUGCACGAAUGUUCAUCUUUGCCAUUUUACCAGAUGGAGAAGUUGUUGGAGACUCUGAAAAAUUUGAGAUUGAAAACUGUCUAGCCAACAAGGUGGAUUUGAGCUUCAGCCCAGCACAAAGUCCCCCAGCCUCACAUGCCCACCUGCAAGUAGCAGCUGCUCCGCAGUCCCUCUGUGCCCUUCGUGCUGUGGACCAAAGUGUGCUGCUCAUGAAGCCUGAGGCUGAGCUCUCUGUGUCCUCAGUAUAUAAUCUGCUAACUGUGAAGGAUCUCACCAAUUUUCCUGACAAUGUGGACCAGCAGGAGGAAGAACAAGGACACUGUCCCCGUCCUUUCUUCAUUCGUAAUGGAGCCGUCUAUGUUCCCUUAUCAAGUAAUGAAGCAGAUAUUUAUAGCUUCCUCAAGGGGAUGGGAUUGAAGGUGUUCACUAACUCAAAAAUCCGAAAACCAAAGUCGUGUUCAGUCAUCCCCUCCGUGUCUGCAGGAGCAGUAGGUCAAGGAUACUAUGGAGCAGGUCUAGGAGUAGUAGAGAGACCAUAUGUUCCUCAAUUAGGCACAUAUGAUGUGAUACCCUUAAAUAAUGAACAAAGUUCAGGGCCAGUCCCUGAAACGGUGCGAAGCUAUUUUCCUGAGACUUGGAUCUGGGAGUUGGUGGCAGUGAACUCAUCAGGUGUGGCUGAGGUAGGAGUAACAGUCCCUGACACCAUCACCGAGUGGAAGGCAGGGGCCUUCUGCCUGUCCGAAGAUGCUGGACUUGGUAUCUCUUCCACUGCCUCUCUCCGAGCCUUCCAGCCCUUCUUUGUGGAGCUCACAAUGCCUUACUCUGUGAUUCGUGGAGAGGUCUUCACACUCAAGGCCACGGUCCUAAACUACCUUCCCAAAUGCAUCCGGGUCAGUGUGCAGCUGAAAGCCUCUCCAGCCUUCCUAGCUUCCCAAAAUACAAAGGGAGAAGAAUCCUAUUGUAUCUGUGGAAAUGAGAGGCAAACCUUGUCUUGGACAGUGACUCCUAAAACUCUGGGGAAUGUGAACUUCUCAGUGAGUGCAGAGGCAAUGCAGUCCCUAGAACUCUGUGGAAAUGAGGUUGCUGAGGUCCCUGAGAUUAAAAGAAAAGACACAGUCAUCAAAACCCUGUUGGUGGAGGCUGAAGGUAUUGAGCAAGAAAAGACUUUCAGUUCCAUGACCUGUGUCUCAGGUGCUAAUGUGUCUGAGCAGUUGUCCUUGAAGCUCCCAUCAAAUGUGGUCAAAGAAUCUGCCAGAGCUUCUUUCUCAGUUCUGGGUGACAUAUUAGGUUCUGCUAUGCAAAAUAUACAAAAUCUCCUCCAGAUGCCAUAUGGCUGUGGAGAACAGAACAUGGUCCUAUUUGCUCCUAAUAUCUAUGUCUUGAACUAUCUGAAUGAAACCCAGCAGCUGACGCAGGAGAUCAAGGCCAAGGCCGUUGGCUAUCUCAUCACUGGUUACCAGAGACAGCUGAACUACAAACACCAAGAUGGCUCCUACAGCACCUUUGGGGAACGAUAUGGCAGGAACCAGGGCAACACUUGGCUCACAGCUUUUGUACUGAAGACUUUCGCCCAGGCUCGAUCCUACAUCUUCAUUGAUGAAGCACACAUUACCCAAUCUCUCACGUGGCUCUCCCAGAUGCAGAAGGACAAUGGCUGUUUCAGGAGCUCUGGGUCACUGCUCAACAAUGCCAUAAAGGGAGGUGUAGAAGAUGAAGCGACCCUCUCCGCCUAUGUUACUAUUGCCCUUCUGGAAAUUCCUCUCCCAGUCACUAACCCUAUUGUUCACAAUGCCCUGUUCUGCCUGGAGUCAGCCUGGAAUGUAGCAAAGGAGGGGACCCAUGGGAGCCAUGUCUACACCAAGGCAUUGCUGGCCUAUGCUUUUUCCCUACUGGGAAAGCAAAAUCAGAAUAGAGAAAUACUGAACUCACUUGAUAAGGAAGCUGUGAAAGAAGACAACCUCAUCCAUUGGGAGCGCCCUCAGAGACCCAAGGCACCAGUGGGGCAUCUUUACCAACCCCAGGCUCCCUCUGCUGAGGUGGAGAUGACAUCCUAUGUGCUCCUCGCUUAUCUCACGGCCCAGCCAGCCCCCACCUCAGGGGACCUGACCUCUGCAACUAACAUUGUGAAGUGGAUCAUGAAGCAGCAGAACGCCCAAGGUGGUUUCUCCUCCACCCAGGACACAGUGGUGGCUCUCCAUGCCCUGUCCAGGUAUGGAGCAGCCACUUUCACCAGAACUGAGAAAACUGCACAGGUCACCGUUCAGGAUUCACAGACCUUUUCUACAAAUUUCCAAGUAGACAACAACAACCUCCUGUUACUGCAGCAGAUCUCAUUGCCAGAGCUCCCUGGAGAAUAUGUCAUAACAGUAACUGGGGAAAGAUGUGUGUAUCUUCAGACAUCCAUGAAAUACAAUAUUCUUCCAGAGAAAGAGGACUCCCCAUUUGCUUUAAAAGUGCAGACUGUGCCCCAAACUUGCGAUGGACACAAAGCCCACACCAGCUUCCAGAUCUCACUGACCAUCAGUUACACAGGAAACCGUCCUGCUUCCAAUAUGGUGAUUGUUGAUGUAAAGAUGGUAUCUGGUUUUAUUCCCCUGAAACCAACAGUAAAAAUGCUUGAAAGAACUAGCUCUGUGAGCCGGACAGAAGUGAGCAACAACCAUGUCCUCAUUUAUGUGGAACAGGUGACAAAUCAGACGCUAAGUUUUUCCUUCAUGGUUCUGCAAGACAUCCCAGUAGGAGACUUGAAGCCAGCAAUUGUUAAAGUCUAUGAUUACUAUGAGACAGAUGAGUCUGUGGUUGCUGAGUAUAUCGCCCCCUGCAGCACAGAUACAGAGCAUGGAAAUGUUUGAGGACCAUACAGGCUGUAUAUUUUGGUGGAUUCUCUGUCCUAUACAUUUACUUAGAAGGAAUGGAGUUAUUUGUCUCUAUAAAAUAGACACUAAAAAGAUUUGCUGAAUAAAUAUGUACUUCUGGUCAAACUA